AUGACAGACUCGUCGCCUGCUGCUGCCGCGCACCACGAGCACAACAAAGAGACCCUCGUCGCCGCCGCCGCUGCCGUCUCGCCCCCGCCGCCCGCUCUGAACCCGCUGCUCGCUCGCGGAAAGCUCAAGAAGCCCGCCAAGGGAGGCAGCGCAGGGAAGGGGAAGGGAAAGGCGAAGAUUGUCAAGGACGUCUACAAGGCCAAGCAGGACGAGCUCGAAGUGGUCAGCGCCGGAGGAGUCGGCGGAGGCGAGGAGGGAGAGGUCCUCGACCUGGCCGACCAGCUUCUCGAGCAGCUCGGCGGACAGCUCGAGGACGACGCCGGAAAUGCUGCGCCGCCGCCUGCACCCUCCAAGUCGGAGCCGCCGUCGAGAGGGACGCCUCUUAGCCCGAGUUCGACCUUGACGACCAACAGCCAGGGCAGCGGACACUCGGCGCGGGAGAUGUUCCAGGGUUUCAAGGAGGAUCUCAGGGACGCUUUCUUGCCGAGCCGGCAGAGCCCGAACGGGAACGGCGAACGGAAGAUGGGUCGCCAGGAGGCGAGGAAGCUGCGAAAAGCCAACGCGUUCGAGCAACAACGGCGAGAAGCGGCGGCGGAGGUUGCGGCGGACAACGACCGCUCUGUCGAGAUGGAGAAGGAGGCCAUCUCCGCGCAGUGUCGGAAGCUCAAGGUCAUGAUCAAGGAGAUCGAGCCCGACGGUCACUGUAUGUACUCGGCAGUCGCCGACCAGGUCAACUUUCUCAAGCUCGCGCCCUCGAGGGAGAACUACCAGUCCAUCCGCCAAAACGCCGCCGCCUACAUGCGCACACAUCCCGACGAGUUCCUCCCGUUCUUGCCGAGCGAGUUGGAGCCGGAUAACAUGAUGAGUCCAGAGGAGUUUGCAAAGUACUGCGAUACGGUGGAGAGGACGGCAGAAUGGGGAGGCGAGCCAGAGAUACGAGCACUCUCGCUGCACUACCAAGCGCCGGUGAUCGUCGUGCAAGCCGGGACCGACAUGGUCGAACACGGAUCCGACUUCCCUCGAGAACGCGCCAUGCUCAUCUCAUAUCAUCGCAAGAUGUACGGACUCGGCGAACACUACAACUCGCUUCGGCCAACGACACACGGCGCGCCGCACGUCCUCCCGCCCGCUCCGUCAGAUUCGACGCCUAUAGCGCAUUCGGCGUGA